GGUGGAGACCAGAUCGAUCUCAAAAGGAGAGAAAGAACCUUCCUCGAUCACCGAACUACAAAAUCAAAAUCAAAAUCAAAUUAAUAUUUAUAUCUAAUUGCAAUUGCAAUUUCAAUUUCAAUUCUUCUGAAAACCCUAAUUAUCCUUCUUCAACAUCUGCAAUUAGGGUUUCGUUUUCAGUCUCCCAAAACCCAUCACAGCCAUGGAAGAUAACUGUGCCGUCUGCGCUGACACUCUCGAGUGGGUUGCCUACGGUCCCUGUGGACAUCGGGAGGUUUGCUCCACCUGCGUUACUCGCCUCCGCAUCAUAUGCGAGAAUCGCUUCUGUUGCAUCUGCAAGAACGAGUGUGAUGUCGUUUUCGUUACCAAGGCUCUGGGAGACUAUACUAGGAUGAUUAACGACUUUUCGGUAUUGCCAUCGGAAGUAAAGGAAGGUCGUGUGGGAUCGUACUGGUACCACGAGGACACGCAAGCGUUUUUUGAUGAUGUUGAGCACUACAAGAUGAUUAGAGCAAUGUGCAAGCUUUCAUGCAGCAUAUGUGAUAAGAUGGAGGAACAGUCAAACGAUGGUUCGAAGCGUCGUGCAAGGUUUCGAAGUAUUGAACAGCUGAAGGGUCAUUUAUUCCAUAAGCAUAGGUCGGUUAUGUGCAAUCUGUGCUUGGAAGGAAGGAAGGUGUUUAUUUGCGAACAAAAACUAUAUACCAGGGAACAGCUGAAACAACAUAUAAGCACAGGUGACUCUGAAGUGGAUGGAACUGAGAGUGAAAGAGGUGGGUUUUCAGGGCAUCCUCUGUGUAACUUCUGCAAAACCCCGUUCUAUGGGGACAAUGAGCUUUACUCACAUAUGUCUACUGAGCACUACACUUGCCAUAUAUGCCAAAGACAGCAUCCUGGACAAUAUGAACAUUUUAAGAAUUAUGAUGAUUUGGAGAUGCAUUUCCGUCAUUCCCAUUUUCUAUGUGAAGAUGAAGCUUGCCUUGCAAAAAAAUUUAUUGUCUUUCAGGCUGAAGCUGAAAUGAAGAGACAUAAUACUGUUGAACAUGGAGGGCGUAUGUCUCGUUCUAAGCGUAAUGCUGCUCUACAGCUACCAACGAGUUUUAUAUAUCGACAAAAUAGCGAACAAGAUCAUCGCAGAGGAAGAGGAAGAGGAGGAGGAGGAAGAGGAAGUGGAAUUGGAAGAGGGAGGAUGUUUCGUCGUGAUUUUUCAGAAGAACAGCUUUCUUUGGCCAUUGAGGCAAGUCUGGAGACAUCUAUAACAGAAAGUAGCACUUUCGAUGAUCCAUCUUUGUCAUCCAGUGGGCAAGUUGCUCCUGAUAUUGGAGAUCCAAGUGAUAUAGAAUCAAUCGUUCAGCCAUUCGAAUCAUUAGGCACUGCUGAUUCUGAAAAAUCAUAUAGAUAUCUUCAAGCAUUGGGGCAAAACUCAUUAAUAAAACCAUUGGCAGAAUCUGCAUUUCCCCCUUUGUCAACAGCACCUGGAAGCAGUCAAUCUAAACCCAACUCAGAUGGUUUACCCAAUAAGACUAUGGCAUCUCAUCUAAAGCAAAAAAGUAACCGCAAAGUGACUGUUCUUAAUUCAGGCCAGGCUUGGCCAGCAGCUAAUCGUGGACCUCAAGUGCCGCCUAAUAAUUCAUCUCAAGCCUGGCCUAUAAUGAAUACUACUGGAAACUCGGUAAGUUUUAGCCAGAAUAAGAUGCCCACUGCUAAUGCGCCUGGUCCAUCCACUUAUGCAAGUUCUGCUCAAACUCGAUCCACUGCAGGAAACCUUGGUAGGAUCAGUCACUCCGCAUCUGCCCCUAAUCUGGUUCAGAAUGGAACCACCGAGCCUUCCAGUUCCAUUUCAGAUUUUCCUCCAAUUUCUGCUGCUGCACAGGCGCGUAAAUUGCCUACAAAUACCCCGACGAUACAGAAUUCAGAGAAAGUUAACACUGCAAAUAAGUCUUUAGUGGACAAGAUUCGGGCUGCUCUUGAGUUUGAUGAAGACAAGUAUACUAUGUUUAAGGAAAUAUCAGGACAGUAUCGACAGGGUUUAAUGGACUCAGAAGUAUACAUUAGUUAUGUAGGGCAGUUUGGCCUGUUGCAUCUUGUCCUUGAUUUAGCUAGGUUGUGUCCCGAUACACGUAAACAAAAAGAGCUUAUAGAGGCCUACAAUGCUAGUGUUCGAAGCGAUAUUAAAGGGGGGACUGAUUGGGCUUCUGGUGGAAAAGGGCGCACGAAAGAUAGUAACAGCUCUAAUAAAGGUAAAGGAAAGUCCUCAGACAAUGAAGAUAAUUCAAAAUCUACAAUAGCGGAUGACUUUAUAAACACUGUGAGGAAACUUCAAAUUAACGACAAACCUUCGGAGGAACAUGUGGAGGUGUUGUCAAGGGACGGGUAUCGUGCUGCCAAAGGGAAAUCAAAAUUGACAAACAAUGACCAGCAGGAGGAAUUCUCUAAUAAUCUUAGUAAAAUACCCGAGGGAUUGAAGAAUAUGGUAUCAACUGGUACUGGAAAAUCUGGGGAUGCAGGAAGUGGGAGUAAGCAACGGAAGAAAACCUCGAAAUUCCAUAGAGUUCGGUUAGGUGAUGGUUCGGCCGCCGCAGUUUUGAAUCUUAAUAGUUCUGAUCCAGAGCCAGAAGAAGAGGCAUCGGUUGGGAACGAUGACCCUCCUGGUGGGUUGCCUGUCCGGGGUGUUUGGCGAAAUGGAGGUCAGAGACUCUUUUCUUAGCUUUUUUGAGAUGAAAAAGAGAAAUCUUAGAAAAUAAUGAGUUUAUUUUUGGUGUUGAUCUUUUGAAACUGGCAGAAGAGAAAAUGUUUAAUCUUCACCUGGUGCAUGGGGGGUCAGUUGUAUCUAGGUUGAUUUCAGUGAGUUUGACCGCUUGCAUAUGAUGAUGAUGAUGCCUUGGUGUGGCAUAGUAAAUUUGUUAUUUUGUAGUUGGUUGGGAGAAGGUUUUUGCUUGAAUAUGGGGUCACUGAUGUUUGCUUUGGCAGGCUUUUGGCAUUACAGCUGUUUAUAUGAUACUUUUUAACUGAGAAUACAUUACCGUGAAAAUGUUUUGAUUA